AUGUAGGGAAAGAAGAAAACAACAACAUUAUUAUAACAACAAGCAAAAAAUAAGAGUAUAAAAAAAGACUGUCUCUUUAAAAGGCUCUAAUUAUGAAGCAAAGCAGGUUUUGGCAGGAGUGGGACCUCCCACUCCACUGUGUGUCUUUCUUUGUGUUUGUGACUUACUGCUGAUUCUCACAGUGGAGUGUAGAGUUUCACUUCUCUUAUCUGAUCAAAAAGAAAGAUACACAGACAAAAAAACAACAACACCACAUUAGGUAACUUAUUACUUAAACUGAUGCUGGUUCAGCUGUUUGAGAAGGCUUCAGCUCACCAUGGCCUACCGCCUGUUUGAAGGUAAGCAGCAUGCUUCUUCCUACUGGAGGUACAGGAUCUCUCCAUCAGGUCAUCUAUUUCAACACGUGCUCGACUUCCUGGAAAAACAUAAAGGUCGGCCCUUUGAGCUGGCAGUUGACGUGGGCUGCGGCUCAGGACAGGGCACUCUGCUGCUGGCCAGACACUUUGCCUCUGUGGUGGGCACUGACGUGAGUCCCGCCCAGCUGGAAGUGGCUUUGCAGCACGCCAAAGAGCCGAACAUCACGUACAAACAGUGUGGUGCCGAGGAGCUGCCACUCGCUGACAGCUCAGUGGACCUGGUGACGGCCAUGUCUGCCUUCCACUGGUUUGACAGGCCACGCUUUCUCGAAGAGGUCCACAGGGUCCUGAAGCCCCACGGCUGCUUAGCCUUGCUCAACUACACCAUUGACAUGGAGCUCAGCUACGCCGACUGCUGCUCGCACUCACUAAAUCAAGUCUGCAAAGAGUUUUAUGCAGCGUUGCAGCCGUACCGCAGCCCCCACCUUGGAGUGAGCUCUAUUAACUUGUACCGGGAGGCCUUAGAAACUAUUCCCUACCCUCACAAGGAAUGGCAGGAGUGUUUGUGGGACAGAAAGACCAUGCCUCUGUCCAGCUACAUGGGGCUGGUGGAGUCUUUCUCCAGCUAUCAGGCUCUGCUGAGAGACGACCCACAGGAGGCCUCCAGACUCUCCCAGGACAUCUGUCAGAGGCUGAUGUCUGUAAUGAAGGUGACCUCUGCAGAGACAGAGGUGGUGGUGGCUGUCAAGUAUUUCUACCUUUUGGCCUGCAAACCACAGGAAGCCUGACACCUGUCUCCUCCAUUAUUAUUAUUAUUAUUUUAAACAACAAAAAUGAACCUAAUUAAGGAUCCAGUAGAAAACAUGUCCUGUUUUUGUUUUCCCUUCAGUUUCUCUGUGCACAAAUGUAUCUCUUUGAUACUCAAAAUUUAGGACAAGCUCAGAAACAAAUAGUGCUAUAUAAUGCUUUAAUUACACAAUUUAUUUCCUGUAUUUUAACUAAAAUUAGUCACGUGUGUACAUUUACCGUACAAACAUAAGAGUGAUAUUCAUCAUCACACUUAAUAAUCCAGCUUUUAUAAAACCAGCCUUUUCAUAGAGAAGUUGCACAGAAAGGUUGUGCAGAUAUUAUCUGCUGAAUACGCACUUUUCCCAAUAAGCACAGAAUUAUAUACUCAGUGUUUGCAUCAGAUUGCUUUAGUAAAUUCUCAGAAACAUGUGAAGCCUUCAUGGUGUUUCAUAAGUUGCCACUAGAGGGAGCCAUUGAUCAAUGUUCUACUGAUGACUGAGACCAUUCCGAUCAGGGUUUUGUAAGUCUGGCAAAGCACCACCAUUAAAACCCGACUGCUGUGUCCUUGGUUUCUUCAUCAUCACCAUUAUCAGUGUCUGCUUGGCUUCAUUGCCCAGGAGGAGAUGUAAAUGAAGCCCCUGUUACCUUAAUGUCGGUGUGCUUGGGCCAUUUUCAACCUUCAGUCUUUGAAAGUUCAUCGCAGCUUCUCUUAAAUUUGUUUGCUCAGAAUCUCAGUGAAAAAAAAUAGAAUUUCCUUAACUAUCACAAGGGGUUGGAGUUGCUAUUGCUUCUUAACAGUUCUCUAUGACCUUGUAUCACUCUUGUCUACAGGGCUUUAGAAAACCUUUGAACUUCUCAGGGCCCUCAUCCCAUUACAGACCACAGUGGAUUUAUGGGCUUGUUCUCCAGACUAAUCCUUUUGUAUUCUUGUCUUUACUGAGCUAAGAGUAACUUUAUCAUGUUUGUUAUGCUUAAAAUAGCCUCAAUUUUGUUCUCAAACCCUGACUUUCUAACUGAGGGCCUUUAUUAUAAACACAUUAUAGUACUGGCAGUGCAGGAGUGUUAAACAUUAGAGUGCCACUUGUUGCUGCUGGCAUGACUUGAGAUCAUGGUUUGACUCAGGAGGGCCAAGUAAGCAUGUUUGCCUAAUCUGAAGUUGGUCUGCUUUAACCUUUAACCUCUUUAACCUGACAGGACAUCCUCAAAAUAUGUAGUUACCUACAUUUUGUUUCACUCUAUAUCAUUUUAUUUUUACAGUAUCUUCUUGUCUUCCUCCUCUGACCAGGCAGAAGUAUCUAACAAAAUCUGUUAAAUAGUGAAAAACAUGACAUUCUCACUCCCCUGUGCUUUUUGAUUUUCUUCUUCCAAUUUCUGGAUUUUUAAAUGAUUUUUUUUACCUUUAACUUUUUAGUUUCCUUUGAACAUUAUUGCAGUUUUUUUACUGCUUAAUGUAAUUAAUGUAGUGAAGGCUACAGCUGAUUUAAACUAUGAUAGAAUAAUAGUUGUAAAUAAUAUUACUUUCAUGUAUUAAAUACAACAAUUUACU